AUGGCUGCCAGUACCACCAAUUGCAAAAAAUUGUCAUUGGGCUCUCCUCUAGCACCCAUAUUGAUGUGUGAAUCCCACAAUUUACCCAUUGAUGUUAUAUGCGAGGAUUGUGAUGAAUUUAUUUGUGGUGAGUGUGCAAAAUCAAAUCAUAGAGAUCAUAAUUGGAAAACUCUAACCACAGCGGCCACUCAAAGGAAGAGAGGUCUGCUUAAAUUUCUGAAGAAGAUCAAGGAAAAAAAUCUGCCAGGAAUUGAUGAGAAGUUGGAAAAGAUGUCAAAACAGAUGAAAGAAAAUAAAAAACUGUGUGACUCCGAGAUUGAAAAGCUUAAGAUGCAUGUUGAUGAAAUAAUGGCAAGGCUUACAGAAAUUAAAAAACUCCAUGAAAAAACAUUGAGAGACAAUCUGGUUAAAAAGAAUGAUCAACUGAACCUUAUGAAAUCUGAGUUAGAGAAGAAGAAGAGAGGAAUUGUUGACACAGUGGAAUUCAUGGAGGAGAACAACAGCACCAUGUCAGAUUACAGCUUGAUUGACAACCUCAGAGAACUGACAAAAAUGCUGUCUAAACUGGAGGUUAAUAGGACAAACUGUGAACAUUCAGUGAGAUUUAUUAGAGGUGAAAUCAAUGAUGACUUACUUAAGUCUUUGAUUGGAAAAACUACAGAUUUAGAUGAUAUUGGUGUGACUCAGAUAAACUCCUUUCAAUAUGGAGAUGAAGUAAUACACAUCUUGAAGGCUCUCAGUGAAGACCAAUGUUACGUCAGUGAAAAUAAAUCUAUUAAAUAUACAGAAAAAGUCAAUCAGCAAGGGAAAAAAACACAACAAUUUGGUAUUUUACCUAAUGACAUGUGUGUGACAGGUAAUGGUGAUGUAUAUUUCACUGAUUUUGAUAACAAUUCCAUUAGCAGUCUGUCACCAUCAGGAUCUGUCUCUACAGUCAUCAGUACACAUCCACUGGUACCAGGAGGAAUCUGUCAGUCAGUGGGCGGAGGACUAUUGGUCACCUUGAGAGACAACGCACCAGAUUUUUACAAAUUAGAGUCACACAGCAGACGUCUGGUGAGGCACAUCACAGUGAAAGGUGAUUUCAUCCAUGAUUAUGAGUACCAGAAGGACGGUCACACCAGACUGUUUACAUGGCCACUUUGUGUCACACAGAACAGUAACAGUGAUAUCUGUGUUGUGAACAGUACAAGUCGCACUUCAGGUGAUCUAGUGAUUCUGUCUCCCUCUGGUCAAGUAAAGUCUGUCUACCGUGGACAGAACCUGACAAAGAACUUUAAUCCAACUGAUGUAGUGUGUGACUCCCUCUGUAACAUCCUUGUAACUGACUGUAAGAACAACCAGAUCCAUCAACUGAGUCCUGACGGGGAGUUCCUGAAGUUCUUACUGACAGAAAAUGAAGAUGAUGGUCCAUACUCAAUGUCCCUAUACAAGUCAACACUGUGGGUGGGAUAUUGGGAAUGA